GAGACGGCCCGGCACCUGGCAGACGCGCGGCGGCGGGGGCGGCAGGAGGCGACCCUCGGGCGCGGCGGGGAGGCGCGUGGGCGCACAGAUGGGAGCAACUGAGAAGGGCGGCAAGAAGAGCCGGAGGCUGUUUUCCUCUCUGCGGCCCUGGAAGGCUACCCGGCGGCUGUGGAGGACGCGCUCGGCUCCCAAGGCGGCGCAGGGUGCCUCGUCCCCAGACAUGGAGCCCAGCUAUGGGGGAGGCCUCUUUGACAUGGUGAAAGGAGGUGCAGGCAGGCUCUUCAGUAACCUAAAGGACAACCUGAAAGACACCCUCAAGGACACAUCUUCCAGAGUUAUACAAUCUGUUACCAGCUAUACGAAAGGAGAUUUAGACUUCACUUAUGUUACCUCCAGAAUUAUUGUGAUGUCCUUUCCUCUGGACAACGUUGACAUAGGAUUCAGGAAUCAGGUUGAUGACAUUCGGAGCUUUUUGGAUUCCAGACAUCUUGACCACUACACAGUGUACAAUCUGUCACCCAAGUCCUAUCGAACUGCCAAGUUUCACAGCAGGGUUUCAGAAUGCAGUUGGCCCAUUAGGCAAGCCCCCAGUCUGCACAACCUCUUUGCUGUGUGUCGGAAUAUGUAUAACUGGCUACUGCAGAAUCCCAAAAACGUCUGUGUUGUCCACUGCUUGGAUGGACGGGCAGCAUCGUCAAUUCUGGUUGGUGCUAUGUUCAUUUUCUGUAAUCUCUACUCAACUCCUGGCCCAGCUGUUCGGUUGUUAUAUGCAAAGCGACCAGGAAUCGGACUCUCGCCAUCCCACAGGAGAUACCUGGGCUACAUGUGUGACCUCCUAGCAGACAAACCCUACCAGCCUCACUUCAAGUCUCUCACGAUUAAGUCGAUCACUGUCAGUCCAGUCCCCUUUUUUAACAAACAGAGAAACGGAUGUCGCCCGUACUGUGACGUGCUGAUUGGAGAAACCAAAAUAUAUACAACCUGUGCAGAUUUUGAACGGAUGAAAGAAUACCGUGUCCAAGAUGGGAAAAUCUUCAUUCCCUUGAGCAUCACUGUGCAAGGAGAUGUGGUCGUUUCCAUGUAUCACUUGAGGUCAACCAUCGGGAGUCGGCUACAGGCCAAGGUGACCAACACUCAAAUAUUCCAGCUUCAGUUUCAUACUGGAUUCAUACCACUGGAAACCACAGUUUUAAAGUUCACCAAGCCUGAGUUGGAUGCAUGUGAUGUACCAGAAAAAUAUCCUCAACUGUUUCAGGUGACUCUGGAUGUAGAACUACAGCCCCAAGACAAAGUGGUUGACUUAACCCCACCCUGGGAACAUUACUGCACGAAGGAUGUCAAUCCCAGCAUCCUCUUCUCUUCUCACCAGGAGCAUCAAGACACUCUGGUCUUAGGAGGACAGGCUCCAAUAGAUAUCCCUCCAGACAACCCCAGGCAUUUUGGGCAAGGUGGCUUCUUUUCCACUCUUUGUUGGCAAGAUCAGAAAUCAGAGAAAUCAUUCUGUGAGGAGGACCACGCUGCCCUCGUGAAUCAGGAAAGCGAGCAGUCGGAUGAUGAACUUCUGACCCUUUCCAGUCCCCAUGGCAAUGCCAGUGAUGACAAGCACCAUGAAACCAAAAAGCCCAGCAAAAAGCAGCAGGAGCCCGCUGCCCCUCCUCCCCCCGAGGACGUGGACCUUCUGGGCUUGGAAGGGUCUACAGUGAGUAAGAACUUCUCCUCACCAGUGGCUCCUCCCACCAACUCCGAUCUGCUCAGUGACCUGUUUGGGGCUGCAGGUGCGGCCGGCCCUGCCCAGGCUGGACAGUCCGGGGUGGAAGAGGCGUUUCAUCCAAGUGGACCUGCAUCUGCCCAAUCAACACCACGCCGGUCUGCCACCUCCACCACCGCAUCGCCAACCCUACGCGUGGGAGAAGGUGCCGCCUUUGACCCAUUUGGAGCACCUUCUAAACCAUCAGGUCCAGACUUGCUGGGCUCUUUCCUGAACACAUCCAGUGCUUCCACUGACCCCUUUCUUCAGCCUACGAGAAGUCCUUCACCUACAUUGAUUGCUUCGAGUACACCUGCUGUGAAUAUUCAGCCAGAUGUUUCAGGAGGUUGGGACUGGCAGACUAAACCAGGAGGUUUUGGAAUGGGAAGCAAGUCAGCUGCCACCAGCCCAACCGGAUCCUCACAUGGAACUCCCACCCAUCAAAACAAACCCCAGACUCUGGAUCCUUUUGCUGACCUCGGGACACUAGGUAGUUCUUCAUUUGCCAGCAAACCCACCACACCAACUGGACUGGGUGGGGGAUUUCCACCUCUCAGCUCACCACAGAAAGCUUCUCCCCAACCUAUGGCUGGAGGGUGGCAGCAGGGAAGUGGCUACAACUGGCAGCAGACACAGUCUAAGCCACAGCCCAGCAUGCCGCACUCCUCUCCCCAGAACCGGCCCAACUACAACGUGAGCUUCUCAGCCAUGCCUGGGGUCCAGAAUGAACGUGGGAAAGGAUCCACUAAUUUGGAAGGGAAACAAAAGGCAGCUGACUUUGAAGACCUACUUUCUGGUCAAGGCUUCAAUGCACACAAAGACAAAAAGGGGCCUCGAACAAUAGCUGAGAUGAGAAAGGAAGAAAUGGCUAAGGAAAUGGAUCCUGAGAAAUUAAAGAUUCUGGAAUGGAUUGAAGGCAAAGAGAGAAAUAUCAGAGCACUUCUCUCCACGAUGCACACUGUGCUGUGGGCUGGGGAGACCAAGUGGAAGCCGGUCAGCAUGGCAGACCUGGUAACGCCAGAGCAGGUGAAGAAGGUGUACAGGCGGGCUGUGCUGGUGGUGCAUCCAGACAAAGCUACUGGGCAACCCUAUGAACAAUAUGCAAAGAUGAUUUUCAUGGAGCUCAAUGAUGCCUGGUCUGAAUUUGAAAAUCAAGGCCCAAAGCCCUUGUAUUAAUUUAUGAGCUUUUCCAUCUCUGCUGCAGACCUGUGCUAAUGCUUAGUGUAUGUCACAGUUCUGAGGUUUUCAAAGAUGAACCAAAAACUCCAGUAACAUGUAUCCAGUACUAAACUGUUAAAUUACUCGUGAAUUACUUCCUUAUUGAUAAGGAAUGUGGAUGUUCCUUUUCUCAAGUCCCCACCAUAAAAGGUCCAAAGCAGGAGAGGACUUUUUAGUCAGCUGGCCUUGCCGAGUUACAACAUUCCAGCCUGCCCUUUGAGGAGCCUACUCAGCAUAUUGUGGGGAAAUGGAAAACAGAGGCCGCCAGAAGCAUAACACCCAUCUCAUUGUCUGGGAAUAGGAUUAAUGAGCAGAAGUUAUGAUAACAGGAUUACAUGAAAGAUUUUAACUAAUGGUUUUUAGAUUUUCUUGGAAAGAUAUAAUUUGAGCAACAGCUUUAGACUCCAGGAAUACAACCACUGAGUUUUUUGUUGUUGUUUUUUUUUUUUAUGGUCUUUAACAUAACACUGUAUACUUUUGGUCAAGAGGACUAACAGAUGCAAGUGAACUUGAAUUGUGGGAAGUGAUUAUACUACAAACUCUUAAAAUUAGAGAAAAUGUUGGAUAAAGAAAAUAGGGACUCUGUAAAAAUCUUUAAUCCUGGUCAGAAAGGUAGGCUGCUACCUUCCUUUCCCUUUAGAAAACUGGUUGCUUAAUGAAAAAAGUCUUAAUACCAUAACAACAACUCAACCUGAUUUGAAAGAAACUUAUGAUUUUGCCAUUAGGCUUAAUGCUCUUCCUUUUGCUUAGCCGAGAACAUGUCCUUAGCUUGUCGUAAAGCAGUUUGGCACAUUCACAAGUUAUCAGGACCGAUCUCGAGAGGGGACUGAAUGUCCUCUAGGUUUGUGAGUGGUUGUGGUGGGAGAGUAGAAGACAACACUGAACACUAGUAACCAGACAGGUACAGUUGCAGUGAGGAAGCUGGGCUGACCUUCAGACCCAGUCAGAUGGCUUGUCAAGAUUUUUAGGUUCCUCUCCCCAGUUGGUAAACUGAAUUCCUUGGAUUAUCAGUGGGUUUUAUUGUUUUAAAAGUUGUUGGGGAUCCACAGGAACAGCAUUCACACAGGGACAUCUGUGAAAGCAAAGCAAGAAUGAAACCUUUACGGACUUUAAAUGGGUUGGAUUUCAGUUCACUGUUUUGGCUGUUUGUGGUUUUAAGAGGUAAGCAGUUGUUAUCCUGUGACUGUAGUAGAUCUCUUUGGUGCACACAUAUACAGUGAGCAUAGUAUAUAUAUAUGCAAAGCAGAUGGGCAAAAAGAUUCCCAUGCUAAUAUUGUGAAAGGCUUUCAAAAAUUGUUUUCCAAGACAAUCAUUUUUUUUCUAUUUUAAUUUUCUUGUGGCAAACUGUACCAGAGAAGCAGCAUGUCAAAAUGCUUUAUGUUCCAAAUUAGAAAAAAGAAAAAAAUGCUUUAUGUUCCAUGUAGAACUCUUUUUUUCCUUUUAUUUUUUUGUUAAAAGGAUUUGUUUUCUAUUUUACUUUUUACUGACAAUGUGAAACUCGCAAAAAAAAUGUUCUUUUUAAAUAUACAGCUAUAAACUGUUCAAGGUAACCAUAACAAACUAGGUGUUAUUUAUUAACAUAUUAUAAAAUAAUGUUUGAUCCAGUAUGUGCUUGUCUUAUUUAAAAUUGGAAUGUGAGACAUGUUGCUGUGACUUGGUUUUUUUCUCAUUCACAUUUGUAGAUAUUGUGUGAACUACAGUAUAUAAUGAUAAUAAUUAAAAGGAUAUGUGAAUGCCACGUACAUUUUGAAAUGAUAGAACUAUAUUAACUUUGUAUCAUGUUUGGAUAAUUCAUCACUGUUCACAGUUUAAAACAUCAUUAAACAUUAUGUAUUUAGCAAUGAGAAAGAAUCUUACCUAACUUAAUUUUGGGUCCCCCCCCAUCUCUUUUCCAAAUACGUUAUAACUCUGGACCCCUAUUUAUCUUAAAACCCUUAACAUAUGCAGACCAACAGGUUUUUGCAUUCCUUUUAAAUAUCUGGUUGUGACAGAGCUUCUUGUUGGUUAAAUUCGCCGUUUCAUUCAUUCAUAUUUAUUGUAAUAUAUUUUUGUUUUGUAAAUAUGUUACACACAAAAUGUGAUUGGUUUAAAAUAUUUGUAAUGUAUAUUAAAAGGCUCAAAAAUA